AUGACCAUGAACAGCACAUGUGUUGAAGAACAGCAUGACCUAGAUCACUAUUUGUUCCCAGUGGUCUACAUAUUUGUGUUUAUUGUCAGCGUCCCAGCCAACGUUGGAUCUUUGUGUGUAUCCUUCCUGCAAGCAAAGAAGGAAAAUGAACUAGGAAUUUACCUCUUCAGUUUGUCACUGUCGGAUCUGCUGUAUGCGUUGACUCUGCCUCUGUGGAUCAGUUACACAUGGAAUAAAGACAACUGGACUUUCUCUCCCGCCUUAUGCAAAGGGAGCGUUUUCUUCACAUACAUGAACUUCUACAGCAGCACGGCGUUCCUCACCUGCAUUGCCUUGGAUCGCUACUUAGCGGUUGUCUACCCGCUGAGGUUUUCUUUUCUAAGAACGAGAAGAUUUGCACUCGUGACCAGCCUGUCUAUCUGGAUACUGGAAUCCAUCUUUAACUCUAUCCUUCUGUGGAAAGAUGAGACUAGCGUCGAAUACUGUGAUGAGGAGAAGUCUAACUUCACCCUGUGUUAUGACAAAUACCCUCUGGAGAACUGGCAGAUCAACCUCAACCUGUUUAGGACGAGCAUGGGCUAUGCAGUCCCUUUGAUCACCAUCAUGAUCUGCAACCAUAAAGUGUACCAAGCUGUGCAGCACAACCAGGCCACGGAAAACAGCGAAAAGAGAAGGAUCAUAAAGUUGCUUGCUAGCAUCACGUUGACGUUCGUCCUGUGCUUUACCCCCUUCCAUGUGAUGGUGCUCAUCCGCUGCAUUUUAGAGCGCAAUAUGAACUUCAGUAGCAAGUCUGGGAAGCAGACGUUUACGGUGUACAGAAUCACAGUGGCACUGACCAGUCUAAACUGUGUCGCUGAUCCAAUUCUCUACUGCUUUGUGACUGAAACGGGGAGAGCUGAUAUGUGGAACAUAUUAAAAUUGUGUACUAGGAAACACAAUAGACCACAAGGACCAAAAAGGGACAUACUUUCUGUGUCCACAAGAGAUACUGUAGAAUUAGAGAUCAUAGAAUAA